CGCGGCGCUUGACGCCUUUUUUUCGAAACGACACUUCUCGCCUCGACCAUGCUGCGCCUCUCGACGCUGCUCCUCACGUUUGCGUCGUUUGCAGCGGGCGACGCCACGUCGGUUGCGACGUCGUAUGUGGACCAUGUCCUCAACGCGCGCGGCCAAGGCGCACUCAACUACGCUGGCAACGUCAUCAACGUCGACUCGGUGCUGCAGACGCACCCCGAGUGCGAAAAGUGCUCGGCUUCGACGCCAUGCGGGCACAGGUCGAUCUUGGGCGUCGGCUCGUGCGUCGCCUCGCUGACGCGCCAGGUUAUGAACGGCGUCAAUGUCCAGUACUGCGUUGGCGCUGACGUGUGCUGCGGUGGCGCGUGCCGCAACAGCCACAAGCCAGUCCAAACCUGCACGUACUUGAACAGCAACGUCAAGACCGAGGUUGAUGCGAUGACGUACAAGAGUGCGAUCGACAUGUUGGGCUUCAUUGGCGUCGGCGCUUCGCCGCCCCAAGCAAGCGUCGACGCCCUCUUCAACGGACUGUUGGCAAACAGCGCGAUGGCGCCGCGCUGCUCGACCAACUGCAACGGAUGGAACGUCCAAGGUAGCAUUCAACCGGUUGCUUGCGCAUCGUCUUGCGGCUGCACGGCGCAGCCGCUCACAACAUUUGAAUCCGGCGCGUCGUACGUCUGCGAGCUCAAGCCGACAACGUCGGACGCCGACAGCUUCUUCGCGACAGGCGACGCGACGCUGACCAAGAGCGCGUCGUUUGGCAGCCAUCAAGGCAAUGCCGUGUGCCCGUCCGGAUACCUCUGCAACAACCCGUCCAAGUGCAUCACAGCGAGCGCAUAUGCAGCGAUGGCACCUAGCGCGUCGACGCAAUCAAACUCGGCGACAUCGACGUCGAGUGGGCUUUCGACCGGCGGCAAAGUCGGCGUUGGCAUCGGCGUGACUGCCGGUGUCGCGGUCAUUGCGGCCGCAGCCUUCUUUAUCCGCCGCAAGAAGCUGCGCGACGAGGCCGACCACGGCGGCGCCUACCAGGAGAUGGACCCGAGCGACGCGUAGACGUCGUUGCCAUAGUGUGUGCCUUUGCUGUUGUAUGACCUCCUCGAAACGAAGCUUCGCUCUCGUCUUGUUGUGGCUACUGGGUCACGAGAUUGGGCUAGCUCCAUAAAUUGCUAUGCUCCAAGAAUUGGUCAAAC